AUGGGAAUCGGUGGGGUUAUCCUGCGAUUCUUUAAUCUGGGCCUGCGCGUCCUCCAGUUCCUCGACGCUGCCGUCAUUCUCGGCAUCUUCUCUUAUUACCUGGCCGUCCAAGCCCAGCAUGACCAGCAUAUCGCUACUUGGAUGAAGGCUGUGGAAGGUCUAGCAGGUGCUGCUACCGCCUACGGCCUGCUGGGCAUCAUCUUUGUCUGCUGCCUGGGCGGUGUGACAUUCUUCGCUUUCCUAGGCGUAGCCCUGGACGUGUGUUUCACGGGCGCGAUGAUCGCCAUCGCCGUCCUGACUCGCAAUGGUGUCGACAAGUGCACCGGCACUGUCGAUACACCCCUUGGAACGGGCGAUGCCGACGCCGAGACAGCGUCCAAGUCAUUGACUUUCGGUAUGGCCUGCAAGCUGGAGAAAGUUGUAUUCGCAGUUGCAAUCAUUGGAAUUUUCCUCUUCUUGAUCUCUAUCCUGUUCCAGAUCCUCCUGGCCCGCCACCACAAGCGCGAGAAGCGAUUCGGUCCUUCGCCUAACAACGGCUACACGUACGGUAGCCGUAAGAGUUUCUGGCGCCGCAACAAGAACAGCCCCGAGGCUCUUGGCGGCGCUGAUACUCUGCCCGGCCACCCGACCCCUACAGACGUCGAGAUGGGCGCUGAGCCGGCCAAGAAUGAAAAGUCUUGGUUUGGUGGCUCGUGGGGUCGUAACAAGAACACCGCUGCCACUCCUGCUCAAAAUGGCAAUGGCUAUGGCUAUGGUAACUCAGCCUACACUGGUAACAUCUAG